AUGCACCUCCUGCAGGCUGUAGGGCCGGCGGUGGGGAGAAAAUGCCGGCGUCCAAGGAAAGCUUCGAACAAGGUUAAUAAGAGACGAGUUAGUGGUUUUGGAACAGCAUCCUGGCGUCUUGGCCGCCACAACGUCAAGACGUUGGUUGGUUGGAUUGUUUGUGGAACAGCUUCGGUUCUAUGGAUUCGAGGGCGAGAUGAUGCGGAUCCAUGCCUAUGGGGCAACCUCGUGGUGUCGCUACAAAUUCAAAAGUUCUGCCCACGAGAUUUCCAGUAUACUGUUCAUUUCAAUUCAACAUGUGCGAACGAUCAACUCUGGCACAAGUCGAAUGCGGCUUGUGGUGGCGGAAACAAAAGGAUGGCCCAUGGAUACCCAGGCACCGAGGUUUCUUUAAAAGCCGUGGCCUCCUCCGGUGUUCCAGGGCUGGCGCCAGACCUUGCCCGUUCUGGCCUGGGCUUCCUCGGCUUCAAGCAGUUACAAUAG